GCCGUCCUAUUUAUUUUCGUUUUUUGAUUAUUAUUAAAUCCGUAACACCAACCGAGACAGGGAGAGAGAGAGAGAGGAGAGAGAGAAAGGUUGGUUGAACGCCGACGAGGAGGCGAUCUCUCGCUGAGUCUCCUUCCUUUAUCGUCCCCAGGAUCGUCAGGUGGCUGGAUCAUUUGUCGAGCAAUUUGGGUAUGAUUUAGGUUGUCUUAGGAAUGAGGGGUUCCUUUGGCGAUCGAGAUAUUUUGUUUGGACCGCCGGGAGCAUUUGGAGAUGAAAUACUCGAGGGGAACAAUGAUGGGCUUAUUUAUAUAACAAACGAGGAGGAAUUACCAAGCUUUGAAGAGUUUUCCGUGCUGGUGGAUAACAAUACUGGUACAACUGAAAAGGCGUUCAAUAAUGUGAAUGGAUAUACCCAUCUAGAAGAAAUCUCUAUUUUCAAUUCUGGAAACAAGCAUGCAGCAUCCAUCAAGGAGAUAAAGGAUGUAAAUGAAAAAUCUGGUUGUUUUAUUGGAGUUGAGGAAGAAAGAAAUACACUUAUUAUACAACAGGGAGUCUCAGCUGAAAACCAAAAAACAGUUGCAGCAAAAGGCUUUGCUUCCUCCAUAUCGGAUAACUGGACGGGUAAUUCUGUUGUAUCUAUGCAUAGAGCUGGAUUAUGUGUUGAGGAUAUGAAGGAGACUAACGAAAGUUGUGAGAACUAUUUGCCAUCUUUUGAAAAAAAUGGCCUUCUUGUUGCGGACCAAGGUCUGUGUGUUAUUCCACCAGAUACAACUACAGAUGUGGUACCUAGAGAGUCUUUGAGCACAACUUGUUUUGAUUGUGGUGGCAGAGGUAUUCAUUCUAGUGCUGAUAACAGGAAGGAGAACACUGAAACAUACGAAAGAUCUGUUUGGUCUGUCAAAAUGAAUGAUUACCUCGACUUAGAGGACAAACAGUUGUUAAAGGGUGCAAAGAUUAUUGAUGAAGAAAAGCAUCAUAGAAUUCCAAGCUUGUCAUCAUCACUAAAAUCUACAGAUGUUUAUGAAACUUCUGCAGCAGCAGGUGCCUUAAAAGUUGAAGAUUCAAUUGCUCUGUCCUGCAAUGAGAAAGGUUGCAAGAGAGGUGGAAUACCUCCUCUGGGUUAUCCUGGACUAACAAUUGAUUGCUCCUCAAUCAGCGUUGAUGGAUUAAUGCCUCACCAAGUGGAACCUUGCAUUACUUUUUCUGAUAACUUGGAUGCUACAUGUGUUGGUUCUUUUGUAGUUGGUAAAGUGGAGGACACACUUUUUUUAGAUGCUGACAGACUUGAAUGUAGCCUUCCCAAGGAUAAACUACCUGUAUUAGAUUGUGGCAAUGGUGAAAAACAUGAGCCAUUUGAUUCACUAGAUGACCAGGGGUUAUGCUCAAGUUCCUUGAGAGAGCUGAGACAAGAUGCUUUUUGUGUUGAGGGGAAAUUUGUAUCACCUCAGCAGACUGUUGACGGAGCUGUUUAUCUCGUUUCAAACAUAGCUAGAGGAUUAAGUGAAGGUUCCCUUGAGGAAGUUGCUUCUUGCUUCUCAGGAGCGGGAUCAUCCUUGCAACAAUCAUUCACUGCCUGUACUGCUGCAUUGGGUCACUCUUUUGAUCCCUCACCAGGAACCAAUUAUGACAGAACAGCCACUGGUAAUUUUAACAUGCCAUCUACUAGCUGUAGCAAUGUAAAAGAAUCCUGUGGAAAGGUGAGUGAAAGGGGGAUGGUUGAUUCAAAACUUGAUCCUACGAUUGUCUUUAGGCGAACCAAUCCAAAGCGUGCUGUGUCCUUGAGAAAUAAACAGAUGGAUUCAAAGCCCAAUCACUUAACUAGAAAAAGGAAUAAAGCAAGGAAGUGCAAGACUGUAGCUGAUGCCAGUUCAUCAUUUUCAAUACAAAUUAAACCCACAAGGAAAAGAAGCUGCUUCAAUAGAAUGGCACGAAGAUCUCUCUGGGGUGAAUCUUCCAACUUAAUGACAUCUUUCACAGUGAAUGAUGGGUCUGGAACAUCCACUUUUGUUUUGGAUCAGAUUCAGAAUAAACCCUUUAAAAGAACUCAGUACCGAAGAGCUAAAGGGGAAAUACAAACUGGUAGCAGGGGUAAUAUUGUUAAAUCACUGCAAACACAAUUAUCCUUUUCAACUGAUUCCGCCCACCUAAAGGAUGAAAAUAAUUGGCAACUGAAUGUCCUGAAUGUUGCUGAUUCACAUUGUUCUCUAGAAGGCCGUGAUAUUGCUUUACCAAACUCAAGUAGUACUGCUGAAGUGGGCAUACCCAAUAUACAUGGCGAAGCUGGUGUGCUUGCUCAUGUUGUAUCGUUUGUUCAACAAGAUGGACAGCAAGCUGAUAAGGACAUUGAAAGUACUCUAACACAAGAUGUAUCUGUUGAUGACAUGCUUGGGGAGUGCCCUGGUAUUUCAUCUGAAAUGGGCCUGGAAGCCUUGGUUCACACGGUUGUUGAAAAACAGUUGCUCGAUCAAGAAUCUUCACCUGACUCUGAUAUUUAUAAUCCAAUUGCCAGUGCCAUUCCCACUGAUACUGAUAUUUUGAGGCUCCAGGAUGUUGGAGAAGAUCAUGAGUCAGUUUUACCGUUGGAUAUGCAGCAUCAAACUGGAAAUAAGAAAGUCUUGGUAGAAAAAGUUGAAAAGACCAUGCAAAAAGCAUAUGACUUAUAUGAGGAUACUUUGAUCAAUGAUAAAUUUCAGAAUUUAAAGACUGAGAACAUAGCUGCAGAGCCUUUAAAAUAUGUUAGGAAGAAACGCAAUGGAUAUAGGGGAAAAAAUCUUGUAUCCUUAGAGUCUAAAAAUGAAGCCAACAUGAAAGCUUCCAUAAGGUCAUUUCUUGGUGAGUCUAGUAUCCAUGGAAAGGCAGAGUUGGACCACAAUGAAGAACCCUUGCAAGAGCUGGAGUGCAAAACCUGGACAUUGCCUGAUAAUUCUAUCAGGAAUAUACAGCCAGAAGGAGAAUUGUUGAUGUCUGAUAAAAUUAAAGGAAAGAAAGUAACAAAAAGUGGCAGAAUGAGUUUGGUUAAAGGGAAAGCAACUAAAACUGAUUCUUCAAGACCUCACAGACUGAAAUCUUUUGACAAAAAGAAACAUGAUGUAGUGAAAUUAGAGAAGACAAGAAACAAAAAGAAAAACCAGAUACUAGAUGCUGGCCAGGAAGUUUGCAGGAGCACAUCAGGGUCUCCAACAUUAACUUGUAAUGAGUCGGAACUGAAGAACAGUAGCACUGGAUUAGAUAGUCAAUCUCUACGAAAGAGGCAAGCAUGGGUGCUUUGUGAUGAUUGCCAGAAAUGGCGAUGCAUUCCAACUGCUCUUGCAGAUACCAUUGAGCAAACUAACUGUAACUGGACUUGCAAGGAUAACACAGACAAGGCAUUUGCUGAUUGUUCUAUACCACAAGAGAAGACAAAUUCAGAGAUAAAUGCUGAAUUGGAGAUUACUGAUGCUUCCUGCGAUGAAGAUGCUCCUAAGAAAAAUUUUGUUUUACCUGUAAAGUCAAAAUUAGCUAACCAGCCAGCUCCUUGGGUACAUGUCAAAUCCAAUGUGUAUCUUCAUCGUAGUCGGAAAAGUCAGACAAUUGAUGAGAUCAUGGUUUGUCACUGUAAGCCUCCUUCAGAUGGCAGUUUGGGUUGUAGAGAUCAAUGUUUGAACCGGAUGCUCAACAUAGAGUGUGUCAAAGGAACCUGCCCAUGUGGGGAGCUUUGCUCAAAUCAACAGUUCCAGAAACGCAAAUAUUCCAGACUCAAGUCUAUUCCUUGUGGGAAAAAAGGAUUCGGGCUCCAGUCGCUUCAUAAUGUAUCCCGUGGACAGUUUCUCAUUGAGUAUGUAGGAGAGGUUCUUGAUUUUGCUACAUAUGAAGCCCGUCAAAGAGAUUACGGUUCCCGAGGUCAGAGGCAUUUCUACUUCAUGACCUUGAAUGGUGGUGAGGUAAUAGAUGCAUGUGCAAAAGGAAAUUUGGGACGUUUUAUCAAUCAUAGUUGUGAGCCUAAUUGUCGGACUGAGAAGUGGAUGGUAAAUGGAGAAGUUUGCAUUGGACUAUUUGCAAUAAGGGAUAUAAAAAAGGGCGAAGAACUCACCUUUGAUUACAACUAUGUACGAAUAUUUGGUGCUGCUGCCAAAAAAUGUGUUUGUGGUUCUUCUGUUUGUCGAGGUUAUAUUGGUGCUGAUCCAUUGAGCACCGAGGUAAUUGUUCAAGACGAUACUGAUGAUGAAUAUCCUGAACCCAUUAUGGUCCACAAAGCUAGUGCAAAGGCAUCAUAUAUUGAUAUGUCAAACUCUGAUGCGCAUGAUUUCCUUGUGAAAGAUACAUACGUUUCUAUUGAAAAAAAGAAAUUAUUAGAUGAGUGUUCUCCAGUCUCAGUGACAGAUAAUUGUCAACAAUUGAAAGAUACCUUAUGUGCAUCUAGCCAUAAUGACACCGUAUUCACUGGUCUUGGCAAUUUAAAGGUCCGGAAUUCUGUUUCUAGACGCAUGAAUGAGGUCAAAUUACCUGAAGACAGAUCAAACACAUUGGAUAAUCAAAAGGAAGAGAUCCUUUGCUCUCCCUUGAUAGAUGUUCAGCAAAUUAAUUCUCCUUCUAAAGCUUCUCCAUUGAUUGCUGACGUCAUUACUGAUUCUGUAAACAUUGCCUCAACAUCUGAUACUAGUAAUGAGCAACUAAAUAUGGUAAAAACUAACAUUCCAAAGUCAUCUCAGUCAAGUCAAAUGGUAAAAAAAAUCAAGCCAUGUGUAAAAGCUGUAGUGCCACCAAAAUCUAAAAGAUCAUCAGUACAAUCUAGCAAUGCUGGGUUUGAGAGAGUUGAAAAAGAACUGAAUGAGUUGUUGGAUGCAAAUGGGGGCAUUAGCAAGCGGAAGGAUGCUACUAGAGGCUAUUUAAAGCUUCUGGUUUUGACUGCAGCAGCAGGAGAUAAUGUUGGAGGCGCUUCUCAAAGUAUACGGGACCUUUCCUUGAUUCUUGAUGCACUCCUCAAAACAAAAUCUCGGACAGUAUUGAUGGAUAUAACCAACAAGAAUGGUUUGCAGAUGUUGCACAAUAUAAUGAAGCAGAACCGAAGUAUAUUUAGUAGAAUUCCUAUAAUUCGAAAGCUUCUCAAGGUGCUGGAGUUUCUUGCAUUAAAAGAAAUUCUUACCCCAGAGCACAUUAAUAAAGGUCCUCCAUGUAGCGGAAUGGAGAGCUUCAAAGAAUCAAUGCUGAGUUUAACCAGGCAUAAUGACAACCAGGUUCAACAAAUUGCUCGUAACUUUAGAGACAAGUGGAUUCCUCGUACAAUUAAACGAAUUGAACCAUCAGACCGAGAUGUGGUACCAGAUUCACAGCGAUCCUACAGUGCUCGGUCUCAUUUACCACUCUUUCAAUGCCACCUUGAUCUAGGCUCAAGAGACAGUGAUGCCAUUGUGUGUGUUAGUGAACCGAUGGAGCAACCAAUUAUUCCGACUUUACUCGAUCAACAUGGGGAAACAUUUGCAAAUUUGACUGAUAAUAAUUCAAAUUCUGGGACAAGGACUCGCAAACGGAAGAGUAGAUGGGAUCAGCCAUCUGAUGACAAAGUUUCAAUUCAACAAAACAUCUGGUCAAGAGAAGAGCAAACAACAGAACCAUGUUUGAAACUUAAGAAAACUGCUUUUUCAAAUGUUGAGUUUAGUUCUACAGCUGAAGUUCUGAGACACAGUUAUGAGAGCCAGACUAAGGAGGAUUGUGGAGCUUCAAGUGGGAAAACUUUGGUCCGGCGUAGCACAGAUGAGGUACCUCCUGGGUUUGGUUCAGCACUGAAGAAUCAUGUUUCUCAUGAGCUAAUUAAUCCUAGAGGUGAAGUGGUUGUAGGUCAUCGUCAGGAUAGGUAUCUCUCCCACAUGACUGUGUCAUAUGGAAUUCCGGUGACCCUCGUUCAGAAACUGGGAACUCCUGGUUGUGAAGUAGACUCUGAGGACCACAAUCCUUGGAAAAUUGCACCAAGCAUUCCUUUCCACCCAUUUCCUCCCCUUCCUUCAUAUCCUCGAGGACAACCAAAUCACCAAAAUCUUGGAACGGGAUCUUUGUGUAUCAGCUCAGUCCAUGCCUCAAGUGCAACACACUUAUGCAAACCAGGUGUCCAGGAUUAUCAUUCAGCAGAUGCUCCUGUUCAAUCUGUAUCAGCAGGAAUGGCAGCAGAUAAAUCGAAAGCUUGGCCAAGGAACCCUCAGAUACGGGAAAGAAUGAAUUGGACUAACAAUGGCCGUGGCAGGAGGUUCUUUCAGCCGGAGAGAAGGAACAACCAAAAAUUUCGGCGGUGCGCUCCCUGGUCACAAGAAGGCAAUGCUUCUGGACUUGCUAGUAAUUCAAGAUGUAGAGAUAGUGGCAAGACCUUCAGGGAUGAGAGGAAAUACUGGCCUCCCUUCCCUCAGGAAGAUUGUGUGAACUCCAAGGCUCAAAAAGGCAGAUGAAAGUGUAGGCGUAGGAAAAUCUGAGGGACAUUGUUGGUGAUUCCUGUGCUCCAAGUGUAAGAAAUGGCAAUGUUAUCUCUAAAUGUUCGUCGACAGCUAGGCAUAAUUGAUGACCUCAUUUAAUUGAGAACAGUAAAAGAGAGGAAAAAAACAGUAAAGAAGAAAAAGAUAGAAGCAGCAGUUGAAGCGCUUCUGUGUAUCUCUUAUUCUUUUACAAGCAAAUUUGCUUCUAAUUAAUUUUCCCUUCAAUCC